AUGAUACUAAUUUCCACUGUUCAGUUUCGAUCCAAGUUUCCUUCGUUAUCAUCAAAACACUUUGCCAUGUCCGGUUUGGAAAUUGAAAAAGCAAUUGAUUCUCACCAAGAGAAGGUUCAAAUCGAAUACGAUGAAGGGUCAUUGGAGCAAGGUUCCGAUUUCAAUGUCGAUGAAGAGUUUGAAAAAUAUAGACAACUUGGUGCAGCUGAAACGCAAACCAGCGGCUUUUGGAACAGCUUGAAGCGUUUCGAAAUCCCCUUGGAUUUUAAAGAUAAGAGACAUAUGGUUCAUUUGCUAGGUGGAUUUGCUUCAUUUGCUGGAGUUUUGAGCGGUGUCGACCAAUCGAUCAUUAGUGGUGCUCAACUAGGAUUAAACUCGCAAUUGCAUCUUAGUGGUGAUCAAAACUCGCUUGUUUCAGCUUUGAUGCCUCUUGGUGCUGUUGGUGGCUCAUUGAUGUUGCCACCUUUGCAAAAGUUUAGUAGAAAGAAUGCCAUUACUGUGUCGUGUAUUCUUUAUACCAUUGGUGCCAUUAUGUGUGCCGCUACUCCAAUCCCCAAACAGGUGGGUUCGUCAUUUUUCAACAAAAACUCAACCAAUGUGUUAUACGCUGGAAGAUUUAUUUUGGGUUUGGGUGUUGGUAUCGAAGGUGGUGGUGUCAAUGUGUAUAUUGCCGAGUCGGUUCCAAGUGACAAAAGAGGUGUUUUGGUUAGUGCAUAUCAGUUUUUCAUUGCCUUUGGUGAAGUUUUGGGUUAUGCAAUUGCCGCUAUAUUUAUAUCAACUCAUGCCGGAUGGCGUUAUAUGUUGGGUUCUUCAUUGGUAUUUUCCACCAUAUUGUUGAUUGGAUUAAUCUUUUUACCAGAGUCACCUCGUUUCCUUGCAAAAAAGGGUAAAUACGGAGAAGCGUUCAAUGUGUUUGCAAGAUUGAGAGAUAUCAAUGAAAAAAGAAGCAAAGUUGAGUUUUUACAAAUGAUUCAAGCUGCUGAACAUGAGAGAGAGGUUCGUUUGACAACAAAGAGGUAUAAAGCUUGGGUCGAGUUAUUCACAGUGCCAAGAAAUAGACGUGCAUUGAUUUAUGGUUUGAUUAUGAUUACCUUGGGACAAUUGACGGGUAUCAAUGCCGUUAUGUAUUACUUGUCAGACUUGAUGGGUCAAAUUGGGUUUUCAGACAAAAAUGCAGUGUUUAUGUCCUUAGUUGGUGGUGGAUCAUUAUUGAUUGGUACUAUUCCAGCAAUAUUGUACAUGGAUAAAUUUGGUAGAAGGAUAUGGGGCUACAACUUGAUUGGCUUUUUCAUUGGUUUGGUUUUGGUUGGUGUUGGAUACUUGAUUCCUAUUGAUACCAAUUUACCAGCUGCAGAAGGUGUUUACUUGACUGGUCUCAUCUUGUACAUGGGAUUCUUUGGUUCAUAUGCUUGUUUGACUUGGGUCGUUCCAUCAGAGUCUUUUAGUCUUGGUACAAGGUCACAAGGUGUCACCUUAUGUUCUGCAUUGUUGUAUAUUUGGUCCUUUACUGUGACUUACAACUUCAACAGAAUGAAAGAAGCGCUUACAUACACUGGUUUAACCAUUGGAUUUUACGGUGGUAUUGCAUUUUUGGGUUUCUUUUAUCAAGUUUUGUUUAUGCCAGAAACUAAAGGAAAGACUUUGGAGGAGAUUGAUGAGAUUUUUGAAAAGUCGUCAUUCGUGUUGGCCAAGGAGAAUCUACAAGGACUCAAGAGAUUCUGGAGCUUCAAGUGA